GGCGCGAAAGUGGCGCGCGGGUGCGGCUUGUACAGUCUCGUGCUGCAGUCGGUGUAAAUAGACGCGUUAGUUUUGUUGUUGUUUGUUUUUUUAUAAUCUGGAUCUCGGUGUUUCUCGGCCGUGUGUAACUUUGGAUUCCGGACCCCGGCGUGUGGAGCGGAGCUUCUCACUGCAGCUGGAGAUCUUUCUCCUCCUUUGUUCCGGAAGUUCAAUUGUUCUCAGUCUUUGUGCUCCUCAUGCUCUCCUUCUCCUCCACACGGACACAGUGAACAGAUGAGACGGUUGUGACCUCGCCCGUGUGUGGAUUGAACAUGUGUGAUCACCUCCAGCACUACUUUUACGACGAGCUGGACGGAAGGAUCGAGGACUUCUUAACGUCCACGGCGCCCAGCGAGGACAUCUGGAAGAAGUUCGAGCUGCUCCCCACGCCGCCCGGGUCUCCCUCCAGGACCUCCCCUGCUGGACGUAUGGUAUUCCCGCUGCCGGCCAUAGAGCGGAGCUCAUGGGCGCCGGAUGAUUACGGCGUGAAGAAGCUGGACCCGCUGGACCUUUUUGGGAACAUGAGCUCAGUGGUGAUUAAGGACUGCAUGUGGAGCGGUGGCUUUAACGCCACCAGGGUGAGCCCUCUCCCAGAAACUCAUCAAAACGAACUGGUGCACGUGAAUGCGGCACGGAUCCAUAGUGCAGCGAGACAGCCUGACGUACAGACCGCGAGAUGCGUGAACCCUGCCGCCGUCCUCAACCUGCCCGUGCCCCAGGCCAGAAAAACCCUGGCGUCCUCAGGAUCAGAGUCUCACUCGGACUCAUCCGAUGAUGGCGAUGAUGAUGACGACGAUGAUGAUGAGAUCGAUGUGGUGACGGUGGAGAACCGGCUGAAGAAGCGCACUCGCACUCCCAUCACCAUUGCUGUAAGUGCCGGCCCGCGCAACAAGCACUUCCACAUCUCUCUGCACCGGCAGCAGCACAACUACGCCGCCCCAUCUCCCGAAUCUGAGGACGAACACCGGCUCCACGACCCCGACGACGACGACUGUGACGCAGAGCCGCGCGAUAAACGAGCCCGUGUGGACUUAUCCGCUCCCUCGUCUUCGUCCUCCUCUCCCGCCAGCUCGGACUCCGAGGACGCCACCGAGCAGCGCAGGAACUUCCUGGAGAGGAAGAGGAGGGAUGACCUAAGAUCUCGCUUCCAGAUGCUCCGGAAUGAAGUUCCUGGUCUGUCGGAGUCUGCGAAAACCUCCAAGGUGGCCAUCCUGACCCGCGCCACGGAGUACCUCCUGCAGCUGCAGGCGCGAGAGAAACGGCAAGCGCAGGAGAGGAAGAAACUGCGAGCCAGACGACAACUGCUGCUGCGCAAAAUCAGCGCCCUGAAAAAGCCAUGAAGUCACAACUGUAGUUUAUUUUGCAUAACAAGUGAAAGGUUUCUUUUUUAUAAAAAGCUAAAGUGCACUGCCACACCGAGACUUGAUACACAGAGAUAAAUUCAGAACUGAAUAAAAUACCAGAGAUCAGCAUGGUGACUCAAGUGCAGAUAAAAAUACAUAAAAUCCUCUUAAGUUCCUACGAGAACCAACACUCUAAAGGCAUCUGAUGGGGCUUCGUCUCGUCUCGCAGAUGUGUGGAAUCCUGAGACGCUGCGCUUUCCCGCUGGAGGAGCGUCGUGUGUGUUCGCUUAGGACUGAAACAGGGAAUAAAAUGGAAAACACUGAGCUCGGGCAUGUGCCAAUGUCUGGUUCUUCAGAGUGAUUGGUGUGUGUGAGCGUGUGUGAGUGCGUGUGUUUCAUAUUUAAAGAGUAAAGUGGAGAAAUUAACAGCUUAAUGUUCAGGUGUGUGUGUUUAAUGAUUAAACUGACCAGGUGAUCAGGUGGU